AUGCCCGCCCCAAACGCCCCCCUGCCGACCCUCUCCGAACCCCAAAAGACCUACCUCCAAGACCUCCUCACCACCCUCGGUCAAUCCCACGCCGCGCAAUGCUUGACCAUCUCCAACGCCUCUGGGCCCAUCUUUGACGGUCGGGCCGGGUGGUUUGAUCCGCUCCAACAAACCGAGGGGGAUCGGAAGGCGGCAUUUGAUGAUGUUUUGUGGUUUGCGAGUACUACGAAGUUGAUCACUAGCGUCUGCUACCUGCAACUGAUCGACCGCGGCAUCCUCUCCCUAACCACCCCACUCGCCCCUUACUCCCCCGCCUUUGCCCGGGCCACUUCUCGGGUCCUUACCGGUUUCUCUUCUUCCUCUUCUUCUCCCGUCCCAAACACCUCCAACUCCAACGACCCCGAAGGUAUUCAACCCCAGCCCGUAUUCGAAGAAACCAAAAUCCUCGUAACACUAGGGAUGAUGCUAAACCAAACCAGCGGGUUCGGACAAGAGAUGAGCCCUAAAGUGCGGGCUUGGAAGGAUUGGACGAAGGAGGGGAGGGGGUGGGUGAAUAGUUGUCGGGUUGAAAACCUCAUCAACACGCCCCUUACCGAACAACCCGGGACUCGAUGGCAAUACGGUAAUUCCGCCGAAUGGCUCGCCUUGAUCCUCCCUGAUAUCCUUCAAGCGCACGGUCUCCUGCCCGUCAACCUUCUCCCCCAAACCCUCUCCGGUGAAGGACAGAAAUUCGCUAUGGAAGAGUACUUGCAAGAAAACGUACUCAAACCCCUAGGGAUGGUGAAUACGACUUAUUAUCCCUUCGGCGAUAAAGAGAAGAGGUUUGAAGGGAGGUUGAUGCCCCUGAGGUGGUACGACGAAGAAAAGGGGGUGUAUGAAGAGUUGGUGGGUCAGUGUGAUUUGUUGAAAUUGCCGCGGAGCCGUGAAGAGAUCGAAUACCCAGCCGGGGGCGGGGGGAUCUACUCGACGACGACGGACUAUUCCAAGCUCCUCACCCACCUUCUCAAAUGCUACCAAAUAGCCACUCAAACUUCAUCCGAAUAUCCCUCGGACGCCAUCCUCUCCCCCUCAUCCGUCAUCUCCCUCUUCACCCCCACCUUACCGACCGAAAAGGCAAGGGAAGACAUCGCCGCCUCCUUAAACUCUCGACCGAUGUACGACCCACCUGCUCCUGAACACGUCUUGCAGCCGGGGGAAUACGACUGGAGCACGGGUAUGGGGAUGUUUAUCACCCGGCCCGACGCAAAGGAUGGUCGGGGCGAAGGUCGACGACGGGGUGGGGUGGGGAGGAGGUCCGGUAGCGUCGGCUGGUCGGGCGCGGCGGGAACCGAGUAUUGGAUCGACCCGAGAGCUGGUAUCACAGUGGUGUACACGACCCAGAUGCUCCUUCCAUUCACCACGCCCACCCUGCACGCCAAGCGGACCCUGGAAAAGGCAAUCUACGACGUGCUCGAGGGUAAGGUUUGACGCCAUUCAGGUAAUAUAGUCGAUCGUUCGUUCUUGGACACGAUGGUCACGACAUGAGAUGAUGCUAGAUACAGUAAACCUUACAGCCCCUUGUUCUUCACAUGAUUAUACAAUCUUCCUUGACCGAGAGGGAAUACAUGGACU